AGCAUACUUGUGUUCAAAAGUGUGCGAACAAGCUCAUCAACAUUAAUCAUCGAUUAAUAACAGUUUACAUGGAGUUAAAUCCUCUGAAUAAAUACAAAGAACAACAAGAAAAAGUUAUGAAGGAGAUGGAAACUAAACAAAUACAAGAUUCACAGAGUCAAGCAAGUUUACAGGAAACAGCUUUGCAAUCGAAUGAUCAACCAUCACGAUCAAAUUUAGCAUAUCAAGUUGGAGAAACAUUUGAUGGUGUACAGAUAAAAAAUACUGCAACUAAUUCAUCUGGAGUGCACAAAGAGGGUGAAGUUAGAUGAGAGUACAAGAUAGAAUGUUGGUUGUUCAGCUUAAUCAACAAUCCACUCAAAUAUCAACUUGUUCUUGUGGAACACUGCCAUUUCUGGAUAUCUGAGUUGGGAAUUUAACCCAACCAUGGUGGGGCAGAGGUGGAUGUGGACUCAAAAGUGCCCUUUUGUGAAAAAUUAGAAAAUCCCCCCCCCCCCAAUUUAAAAAUCCUGCCUAUGGGCUUGUGUAUUGUAUGUAAAGCCAUAUCUCAAAUGAUUUGCCCUACAGUCAGUAAUACAUUAGCUAUGGUGAAGGUUCUAUGUAAAAUGUCAAUACCACCUGAAAAAUAAAUUGCAUUCGCAUUCCUGUAUUUCAUAAUUCUUUAUUAUAUUUCUCAAGUAAAAUAGUGCAAAAUUUUAUAAUUACUGUAUUUACAUUUCAAUAAUAAAUUAAAAUUUAUUGAUAGCACAUACGAAGCAAUAGUUUAUACUACUCUUAUUUGUACUCUGUUGUAUUUUUCAUAUUUACAAAACAAUUAUCCAAGUCAAUCCAUUACAAUUAAUAAAUUUAGUUUGAUGACAACUCUUUAAUAAUUAGCAGGAUAAGUAGUGAUAAGCUGGACCCUCACUGUGCCCAACGCCAUGAUGUGUGCGCAAUGGAUAGUAAGGGCAAUCUGUUCAGACUGCCAAUCAGCAAACGGCAUCAUGUCGGCUCACUCCCACAGGAAGCGGAUUUGGAUUCGUUGGCCGACUGUCAUGCAACGCAGCAGGUGCCUGGCUUUAAAGCGAGGUAUUUUCCUUGACAAGGGCCCCAAGAGAGACUUUUUUUAUACCUUGUUGCCAGAACCCACCACCCUCCAAUAUUCAUAAUUAUGAAUAAAAAUUUAAAAAAUAUAAAAAUAAAUAUAAAAAUUUUUUUUUU